AGUCUAGGGGAGGCCAUGGCGUCGCUGAGGUGUAGCACCGUGGUCUGCGUGAUCUGUCUGGAGAAGCCCAAAUACCGCUGCCCGUCCUGUCGCGUGCCCUACUGCUCCCUGACCUGCUUCCGAACCCACAAAGAGCAGUGCAACCCUGAAACUCGUCCUGUUGAGAAAAAAAGAUCAGCUGUCUCUGCCAAAACUACGAAGCCGGUGGAAAACCAAGAUAAUGACGACUCCGUAGCUGAUUUUCUGAAUAGUGAUGAAGAGGAAGACAGAGUUUCUUUGCAGAAUUUAAGGAAUUUAGGGGAAUCUGCUACGUUAAGAAGCUUACUGCUGAACCCACACCUGAGACAGCUGAUCAUCAGCCUUGAUCAGGGGGACGACAAAGCCAAGCUCAUGAGAGACUACAUGCAGGAGCCCCUGUUUGUGGAGUUUGCCGACUGCUGUUUAGGAAUUGUGGAGCCAUCCCUCAAAGAAGAUUCUUAAAAUGGAUUUAAAUGCUGUGUGACUGUCAAGCAACCAGCGAGUGAGGGGCUCUAAACAAGGCAGGGACCGGCAGGACCCAGAUGGCUGAGGUGGGCUACGAAGCUGCCUGGGCUCAUGCUUCAGGCACAUGGUGUGUAUGACGAGUGGCAGAUCCUUUAAAUUUAUAAAGGGAAAACUCAACAUCCAAAUGGUGGUUUUAAAAUGUUUUAUUUUUGGUGUACAGUUGUGUCGGACAUCAGUGGUAUCAUUGAUACACCCACUGAGGUGAAAAACUUGAGCAUUAAAUAACAUGAUAUGGC